AUGACCUCCAAACCAACAGAUAUCCUUCCCGACAAGGAAAUCGAAGAACAACGCGGUACAGGCCAGUAUGACGUCUACAUCGACCCAGCUGCCGAAAAGGCUCUUCUCAGAAAACUGGACAUGUGGAUUGUUCCGCCUGUCAUGUUGCUUUACCUACUGAGUUUUCUGGAUCGUGUUAAUAUUGGUAAUGCGAGACUUUAUGGUAUGGAGGAGGAUCUUGGGUUGGUCGGUGAUCAGUAUCAACUUGCGGUUUCGGUGUUGUUCGUAACAUAUAUCGCAAGCGAGUUGCCGUCGAACCUGGUUAUCAAGAAAUUCACUCCCUCAAGAUGGAUCGCUUUCAUCACUACUUCAUGGGGCAUCGUCGCUACCCUCACCGGUAUCGUCCAAGAUUUCAAGGGCCUCAUUGCAUGCCGUGUCCUCCUCGGAGCCCUUGAAGGCGGUCUCUUCCCCGGUCUCGCAAUCUAUCUCACCAUGUUCUACACCAAGAAAGAAUACGCCCUUAGAAUCGGCUACCUCUUCGUCAGCGCAGCCAUAGCAGGCUCCCUCGGUGGUCUUCUAGCCUACGGCAUCGGUCACAUGGACGGCGUGGCAGGUCUUCGCGGCUGGCGCUGGAUCAUCAUAAUCGAAGGCAUACCCACCUUCAUCCUCGGCAUAGCAGUAUGGUUCUGGCUCGCCGACUCCCCCGACUCAGCACACUACCUCACCAUCGCCGAACGCGAACUCAUCGACGCGCGCAUGCGUCGCCAAGUAGGCCACACAAAGUCUUCUACCGAAAUGCACAAAGAGGAUGUCUACGCUGGUCUAAAAGACUGGAAGAUCUGGCUUUUCUGCAUUGGACAAUUCGGCGGUGAUACCAUUCUCUACGGAUACAGCACCUUCUUACCUACGAUUAUUAGAGGUCUGGGAGAUUGGAAUAAUGCGCAGGUUCAAGCUUUGACGAUUCCUUGUUAUGCGAUGGGUGCUAUUACGUAUAUCGUCGUGGCAUGGUGGUCAGAUAGAACGCAGAGACGAGCUGUGUUUACUGUUGGACUUGGAUUUGUUUGUGCUAUUGGAUAUGCGAUCCUUGUUAGUACUGCGCCUUCUGGAGUUCGAUACUUUGGAUGUUUCCUUGCUGCGAUGGGAUUAUAUGUUAUUGUUGGAUUGCCUCUUGCUUGGCUUCCUAGUAACAAUCCUCGUUAUGGAAAGAGGACUGUUGCGACGGGACUGCAGCUUACUAUCGGUAACUCAGCCGGAAUUCCCGCGCCAUUCUUGUACAAAACGCACGAAGGACCUCGAUUCGUCAAGGGUCAUGCUGUUUCUAUGGCUUUGGUAGCUAUGUCUUCGUUCAUCUAUCUUGCUUUCUGGGCUUGGUUUAGAAGACAGAACAAGAGAAAGGAUGAGGGUAAGGAGGAUUGGAGAAUUCAGGGAUUGACUGAGGAGGAGGCUGAGGAGUUGGGAGAGCAUAACCCCAGGUUCCAUUACACUUACUAG